GUGAGUUAUAAUUGGUAAAAUUUGUAAAAUUAAUAUGUUUUCAGAUUCUGUAGAUUCGGUUUUUUAUCUGUUUUGCGUCUUUGUGAGUUAUAAUUGGUAAAAUUAUCAGUCAAACUACUCUCUCUCUCUCUCCCUCUCUUUUUUACAUAUAUUAUAUAUACCAUAUUUUUUUACUUUAAAUUUGGACAAUUUUCACUUUUGGUUCUUUUUUUUUUUUUUUUUGGGGUUCAAUUAUGGUAGUAAUAAUUCACUAGUCUCAAAAGCUUGGAUUCUGGGAUUUAAUGGUUGAUGAGAUUUUAGUUUCCAAAGCUUGAUUUAGUAAUAAUAAUGGCUACAUCAGCAGAACCCUCAUCCUCUCUAAGCUUCACAUCAUCUUCACACAUGUCAAAUGGCUCUAACAUUAGCCAUGAGACUUUGCCUAGUCUCGAAGCCAUGAGCCUAAACAAGCUCAGCGCCAAUUUGGAUCAGCUUUUGGUGGGUUCAAGUUGCGAUUACAGUGAUGCCGAUGUGAUUGUUGAAGGGACUCGUGUGGGUGUUCAUCGUUGUAUAUUGGCUGCUAGGAGUGGAUUUUUUCAUGAUCUUUUUAAGAAAGAUAAAGGGGUUUCUGAGAAAGGAGGAGGGAAACCAAAGUAUUGUUUGGAGGAUCUUUUGCCUUAUGGGAGUGUUGGGUAUGAGGCUUUCUUGGUUCUCUUGAGCUAUGUUUAUACUGGGAAGCUUAAGCCUUCUCCCAUGGAGGUUUCAACUUGUGUGGACAAUAUCUGUCCUCAUGAUUCUUGUCGACCUGCUAUUAAUUUUGCUGUGGAGUUGAUGUAUGCCUCUUCUAUUUUUCAGAUGCCAGAGCUGGUCUCACCGUUUCAGCGCCGGCUUCUUAACUUUGUUGGAAAAGCCCUUGUUGAGGAUGUUAUCCCAAUUCUUGUAGUUGCAUUCCAUUGCCAGUUGAGCCAGCUCUUUGCUCAAUGUGUAGAUAGAGUGGCAAGGUCAGAUCUUGAAAUAGUCUCUCUUGAGAAGGAACUUCCACAUGAAGUUGUAGAAAACAUUAAAGUGCUCCGCGGCAAGUCUCAAUGCAGCGAUAAAGAUAACACUGAAUCUGUAGAUCCCUUGCGUGAAAAGAGAAUUAGGAGAAUACAUAAAGCGUUAGACUCAGAUGAUGUUGAACUGGUGAAACUUCUUUUAACCGAGUCUGAAAUAACAUUAGACGAUGCCAAUGCCCUUCAUUAUGCUGCAGCUUACUGUGAUCCUAAGGUUGUAAAUGAGGUGCUUGGUCUGGGUCUGGCUGAUGUCAACCUUCAAAAUUCUCGUGGCUAUACUGUGCUUCAUAUUGCUGCAAUGCGAAAGGAGCCAUCAAUUAUUGUGUCGCUUCUGACCAAAGGAGCUUGUGCGUCAGAUCUGACAUCAGAUGGUCAAAGUGCUGUGAGUAUUUGCCGUAGGUUGACAAGGCCAAAGGAUUAUCAUGCAAAAAUGGAGCAAGGGCAAGAAACUAACAAGGACCGGAUAUGCAUUGAUGUUCUAGAAAGGGAAAUGAGGAGAAAUCCAAUGGCCCCGAAUGCAUCUAUAUCUUCACAAACGAUGGCUGAUGACUUGCACAUGAGGCUGCUUUACCUGGAAAACAGAGUGGCAUUUGCUCGAUUGUUCUUUCCUAGUGAAGCCAAACUAGCCAUGGACAUUGCCCAUGCUGAAACAACAUCUGAGUUUGCUAGGCUUGCUGCUGCAUCAAAAAGUUCAAGUGGAAAUUUCAGGGAGGUUGAUUUAAACGAAACCCCCAUCGUGCAGAAGAAAAGACUGUUUUCUAGGAUGGAAGCCCUCAUGAAAACAGUGGAGAUGGGUAGACGCUAUUUCCCUCAUUGCUCCGAAGUGCUGGACAAGUUCAUGGAGGAUGACCUGCCUGAAAUGCUUUACCUUGAGAAAGGCACUACCGAGGAGCAGAAAAUCAAAAGGAUGAGAUACAUGGAGCUUAAGGAUGAUGUCCAGAAAGCAUUCAAUAAGGACAAGGCUGAGUUUGACCGCGUCGGUUUGUCCUCCUCGUCAUCCUCGUCUUCUCAAAAAGACGGUGUAAAGCAGAGGGCCAGAAAGGUGUAAUAACGCUUGUAAAUUCUCUCUGAUUAGUGAAUAAGGUUUACUGCCAGGAGCUUGUUGUAAGUUUUGGCUCUUCUUUGUCUGUGUAAUCAUAGCAAAGAAGCAAAUUUUGCUUGUAUUUAACCACUUUUUGACAAAUUAGCAUUGUAUCAAGAUCUCCUACAGAUGAUACUUAUCGGCACUUGGUAGCCCCUAUGGUAAAUGAAAAUUCUUUGACGCUUGCAUUCU